UGUGAUCAUUUUUUGUUCCCUGCUUUUCAACUCCUGGCUUUGACCUCACCUCCUGACCCAGACUCCAAACCUUGGUAUUGAGCCCAGUCUGGGACUUGACUAUGAACUCCUCUGCUGCUCUCACCCUCGGUUCUGAAUGCCCUUGUCAGACUCCUGGCACCCUGCUUAGUUCGCAGAACUAUUGGUGUUUAAAGAGGUCCCAUCGCUGCCAAGGAAAGAUGAAGGGAGCAAAAUGAAAACCAUUUAAACUAUUGCUAAAGAAGCUGAACUUAACCUACCUGUGUAAAGAAACUCAGAAUCAAGGCCUUGGUAUGGCCACCUCUGAAGCGAUAUUGCCAAGUAUUUUGUUUGUGUGAUCCUCUACCAGGAGAGCCUGGGAAGAAUGAAUGACAAAGUCAAUGGUACACCUCAGAUGAAUGCUGUGAGAGCUGAGCUGACCUCACCGCCGCUGAAGCGGAGCUGGAAUUCUCCUGCGUCUCCGUGAAAUAAACAUACAGGCACGAGGCUGGCCCUAGGAGCUGGGAGCCAGAAAGCAUCGUGUCGUCGGUAAGAUGUUACCACAGUGCCAUCUACGGGCGAGCUGAAAAGAGUAACACACUCAGCUGAGGACUUGGCUGGCUAGCUGUUCUGAAGUGCAUUGUCGGUGACAUAAGAAGCUCACUGCCGGAGGCCCAGCUCUGCAAUCCUUUCUCAUACCCAGUUGCCUCCUGGAUUCCAUUGAAACCACUUGCAUGAGUGGAAACACUUGCGACAAGGGAUUGGUGAAAGCUAGGAGAAACAGAUCCUGCAGAGAAGCUGAUGGGAGUUGGGGUUUGGAGAAUGGAAAAUCUUCAGCGGCAGAACAAAAGGGAUAGAGGUCUAGCCAAGCCCAUGGGACUAGUUGAAGGUCCAGGAGGCUUGGGCCAGGGAGGAAUGGCUGCUACCUUGAGAGAUGACAGUCAUGAAUCUGAGACUAAGUACGAAGAAUAUGGUUACAAUGCCCAGCUCAGUGACAGGAUAUCACUGGAUAGGUCCAUUCCUGACUACAGACCAAAAAAGUGCAAACAGAUGACCUAUUCCGAUGACCUGCCCCAGAUCUCGGUGGUCUUUAUUUUUGUAAACGAGGCUCUGUCUGUCAUCUUGCGCUCAGUGCACAGUGUUGUGAACCAUACCCCAUCCCAUUUGCUCAAGGAGAUCAUUCUGGUGGAUGACAACAGUGAUAACGUUGAGCUGAAGUUUAAUCUGGACCAGUAUGUCAAUAAGAGAUACCCAGGCCUGGUGAAGAUAGUACGCAAUAACAAACGGGAAGGACUGAUUCGAGCCAGAAUCCAAGGCUGGAAAGCAGCAACUUCUCCCAUCGUUGGUUUCUUCGAUGCUCAUGUUGAGUUCAACACUGGCUGGGUGGAACCGGCGCUUACCCGGAUCAAAGAAGAUCGAAAGCGAAUCAUCCUGCCAGCUAUUGACAACAUCAAGUACAACACUUUCGAAGUGCAGCAAUACGCCAAUGCUGCCCAUGGCUACAACUGGGGACUCUGGUGCAUGUAUAUAAUCCCGCCCCAGGACUGGCUCGAUAAAGGGGACGAGUCUGCUCCUAUCAGGACGCCAGCAAUGAUUGGAUGUUCGUUUGUGGUGGACCGAGAGUACUUCGGAGAGAUUGGCCUGCUUGACCCUGGCAUGGAGGUCUAUGGGGGAGAAAAUAUUGAACUGGGCAUGAGGGUCUGGCAGUGCGGAGGAAGCAUGGAAGUGUUACCUUGCUCGAGAGUUGCCCACAUUGAGCGCACAAAGAAACCUUACAACAAUGACAUCGAUUACUAUGCAAAGCGCAAUGCCCUGCGGGCUGCUGAGGUCUGGAUGGAUGACUUCAAGUCACAUGUUUACAUGGCAUGGAACAUCCCAAUGACGAACCCAGGAGUUGACUUCGGAGAUGUUUCAGAAAGAUUAGCUCUACGACAGCGACUGCAGUGCCGGAGUUUUAAGUGGUACCUGGAGAACGUCUAUCCUGAAAUGAGGGUUUACAACAAUACAAUCACUUAUGGAGAGGUACGUAACAGCAAAGCUAGUGGCUACUGUUUAGACCAGGGAGCAGAAGAUGAUGACAAAGCGAUCCUCUAUCCCUGCCAUGGAAUGUCCUCCCAGCUUGUCCGCUAUAGUUCUGAAGGGCUCCUGCAGUUAGGGCCUCUGGGCUCCACGGCCUUUCUGCCUGACUCCAAAUGUCUCAUUGAUGAUGGGAAAGGCAGGACCCCUACUCUGAAGAAAUGUGAAGAUGUCCUGAGACCAGCACAAAGACUCUGGGAUUUUACACAGAAUGGUCCAAUCAUCAGCAGAAACACUGGACGGUGUCUAGAAGUGGAAAUGUCAAAGGAUGCCAAUUUUGGGCUCAGACUUGUGGUACAAAGGUGCUCGGGGCAAAAAUGGAUGAUUAGAAACUGGAUAAAACAUGGUCGACAUUGACUACUGGGGCUGAGAAGCCAUCGUCCAUUGCUCGGUGUGCGAUCCCCUUCAAGGCAUUUGUGUUAAAGUAGACUGCUAUGAAAAGGAGUUGACUACCCAGGGCCAUGGACUAUUAGGCACUGGUUAACAAACAGGCAAAUAAGCAUCCUGCCUGACUCUCCCUCAGAUGAGUGGAUGCCCUGGAAAUCUUGGGAUGGUCAAACCGAACAGAGAAGUGGGCUCAUUCCCACUCUUCCAGAGUAAUUAAAAGACAGCUGUGUCUGUGAUGAGUUCAAAGGGGAGUUUCCUCUACUGCCUCAUUAAAAAUAAUCCUCUGAUGGAGAGCUUUUUAGCUUUAAGUUAUUGACUGGUGCACAACUCCUAUGAUGAAUAAUCAUGUGCCUUUUCUACUGUACUUCCUAUACAAGUGGACUUGGAAAUCCCAUCUUUUCAGCAUGUCUGAUUCAUUGUACUAAACAGCUAAAAACUGUGAAUAAAUAACAC